AUGUACGGACCACAAUACGGAGUGGCCCAACAGGGCAUGCACUAUGCGAUGCCCGGUAUACAGGCGGCCGCGAUGGCAGCAACCGCCGCUGCUUCUGGCACCAACUAUGGCUAUAUGUCCUCAGAUCCCAAUAUUCCUCAAAGUUCGCCUCGCAUGGGUGCCAAUGCUAAAAAAGACGGGCAACAAUCACCUCGAAUGAACGGCAUGUCCCAAAUACCAGGCCGUCGAAUGAGCCAGGUGACGAGUCCCGGCGUUCCGACGGCGCCCAUGAUGAGCCAUGCCGGUGCUCGACCAGGCGUUGCCCCAUCUCAGAUGCCCGCUCCCCAGAUGCCCGCUCCCCAGAUGCAACACCCGCAGUCUCCGGAAAUGCCAGCUGCGAGUGGUGCGGAGGAGUCGCCACUUUAUGUGAAUGCUAAGCAAUUUCAUCGUAUUCUCAAGCGUCGCGUUGCUCGACAGAAACUUGAGGAACAGCUCCGACUGACGUCUAAAGGACGCAAGCCAUAUCUUCACGAGUCACGCCAUAAUCAUGCCAUGCGCAGACCUCGCGGCCCUGGUGGACGCUUCCUCACUGCCGAGGAGGUGGCAGCAAUGGAUCGCGAGGGUGAAAAGAGUGUCGAUGGCCAAGAUAAUUCUGCUGGGGAGAAUUCUGGCACUACGGGAACAAAGCGCAAGUCUGAAGCCGGCUCGGCCACCUCAAACAAGAAAGCUAAGACGGACAUAGCCAGCCCAGGGGAUGAAGAUGAGGAUGAGGGUUGA